CUCUCAGCUUUUAUUCAGUCCGAAGUAGCCCAGUUAUCACGAAGUAGCCCAGUUAUCUACCUAGAUUACAAAAUAAAAUUAAAAUUAAAUCUCCUUACGUCAGUGAACUUGGACUCAGAAAGUUCUCUCCCCUGAGCAGAGAGCCUUUUAAAGACUUGUGUGUCACGCUGGCGGCAGGGGGUCGCGGCUACUGGAAAGGAGCUGGCUCUGCAGGUCCCGCCCUCCCCCGGGUCGUCCCUCCCUCUGGCCUGCUCCCUACCUCCCGGGGACUUGCGCUCGCCCCCUCCCCGCCCGCCCCCUACUCCGCGACAACGUCGGCUUCCGAGGUCUGGCGUGCGUCAAAGCCCUAACUGGGAGGCUGAUUUGUGGAGCAUCGCCCCCCCACCCCGCCCCCCCAGUCCCUCCUCCUUCCACUGAAGUGGCCAAGGGAGUUGAGCUGAGCAGGGGGAGGGGAAGAUCUACACCCAUCCCCCUUCCUCUAGCCCUCCCUGCGUUUAGAUUCAGUUGCACCUUUUAUUAUUUUAACUCUUCUCCUUAGGACACGCAGCCCCCAAUUUGUACCUCCGGCCUGGGCGGCCCCUGGUCCCGCGCGCCAGCAUGGGAGAGCGAGGGACCUGCCCGCGGCCCGCCGGCGUGUGCAAAGAGGUCCAGCCGCCGCGCCCGCUACCCGGAGUCUGAGGACGGGUGUCCAGGGACGGAGAGGCAGGUGAGAGGGAGGUGGCUAAGCUGGCUAUGGUGACAGGACGAUGUUGGCCAGAAAGAGUAUCAUCCCGGAGGAGUAUGUGCUGGCGCGCAUCGCCGCAGAGAACCUGCGCAAGCCGCGCAUCCGAGACCGCCUCCCCAAAGCCCGCUUCAUCGCCAAGAGCGGGGCCUGCAACCUGGCGCAUAAGAACAUCCGUGAGCAAGGACGCUUUCUACAGGACAUCUUCACCACCUUGGUGGACCUGAAAUGGCGCCACACGCUGGUCAUCUUUACCAUGUCCUUCCUCUGCAGCUGGCUGCUGUUCGCUAUCAUGUGGUGGCUGGUGGCCUUUGCCCAUGGGGACAUCUAUGCUUACAUGGAGAAAAGUGGAAUGGAGAAAAGUGGUUUGGAGUCCACUGUGUGUGUGACUAAUGUCAGGUCUUUCACUUCUGCUUUUCUCUUCUCCAUUGAAGUUCAAGUUACCAUUGGGUUUGGAGGGAGGAUGAUGACAGAGGAAUGCCCUUUGGCCAUCACGGUUUUGAUUCUCCAGAAUAUUGUGGGUUUGAUCAUCAAUGCAGUCAUGUUAGGCUGCAUUUUCAUGAAAACAGCUCAGGCUCACAGAAGGGCAGAAACUUUGAUUUUCAGCCGCCAUGCUGUGAUUGCCGUCCGAAAUGGCAAGCUGUGCUUCAUGUUCCGAGUGGGUGACCUGAGGAAAAGCAUGAUCAUUAGUGCCUCCGUGCGCAUCCAGGUGGUCAAGAAAACAACUACACCUGAAGGGGAGGUGGUUCCUAUUCACCAACUGGACAUUCCUGUUGAUAACCCAAUCGAGAGCAAUAACAUUUUUCUGGUGGCCCCUUUGAUCAUCUGCCACGUGAUUGACAAGCGCAGCCCCCUGUAUGACAUCUCAGCAACUGACCUGGCCAACCAAGACUUGGAGGUCAUAGUUAUUCUGGAAGGAGUGGUUGAAACUACUGGCAUCACCACACAAGCACGAACCUCCUACAUCGCUGAGGAGAUCCAAUGGGGCCACCGCUUUGUGUCCAUUGUGACUGAGGAAGAAGGAGUGUAUUCUGUGGAUUACUCCAAAUUUGGCAACACUGUUAAAGUAGCUGCUCCACGGUGCAGUGCCCGAGAGCUGGAUGAGAAACCUUCCAUCCUUAUUCAGACCCUCCAAAAGAGUGAACUGUCUCAUCAAAAUUCUCUGAGGAAGCGCAACUCCAUGAGAAGAAACAAUUCCAUGAGGAGGAACAAUUCUAUCCGAAGGAACAAUUCUUCCCUCAUGGUACCAAAGGUGCAAUUUAUGACUCCAGAAGGAAAUCAAAACACAUCGGAAUCAUGACAGCAAGAUAACCCCAAGGCAGUCUUUUAUCAAGUUUUGAUGGUUUAUGCCGGGCACUGCCAGACUGAACCAGAGCUGGAACACAAUAACGUGUCCUUCUACAUUUUAUUACACUAAAUGAUAUUCAUAUUCAAGCAACAGCACUUUCUGUAGUAAUAAAAAGUAACACACAAA